AUGCUGGAGGACAUUGAGAUACCUCAAGGAGACGAAGAGGCAGAUGCUCAAAAGUACCCCCUCCUUACUUAUGCCCUUGCAUAUUGGCCGUUGCACGUCCUCUCUUCCUCCAACAGAAUUCAAAAUUAUGAAAAAACGGAUUUGGACUACUGGUUCCCUAGUAAUACUCUCGGCGAAGAUCUUGUUGUCUACGCUAUAGUGUACUUGGGUCUAAACAACUUACUGCAGAGCAUGAGACAUGGAGGCAAUGGUUCCGAGAUAACGGACUCAGCAGCUGGGGGCAACGGGAUGAUCCUGGACUUGAACACUACCGUUGACGCUAGAAACUCGCUUGGCCAUACCGCGUUACCCAUCACAUCGAGUCUAGGACCGUUAGAAAUGGUACACGUUUUGCUAAGGCGGGGAGCUGACCCGAAUGCUACGAAUUGCAAUGGCUUGAAAUCUGUGCACUUCGCUGCGCAAGGAGAUGACAUUGAUGUACUCAAUACAUUGUCAGUGCUGACGGAGGACAUUGAGUCCCAGGCCUUAGAAGGAGAGACACCACUGCUUUUGGCAACUGAUCCUGGCAUAAUCAAUGCGCUUCUCGACGCUGGUGCCAACAUCAACUGA